AUGGCGUCACCACCUUAUCUCAAUGGGCUAGCAGCGAGAGGAUCUAACGGCAACGACAUAAAAGCUGCCUUUAUUGAGAGCUAUCUGGAAGACCUCGGGCCGAUGAAAGCUGCGAUUGGUAAUUGCGCUCUUGUCCUUGCAUGUCAGCUCGCUCUCGAAGGUGGUGGGCCUCCAGGCCUCAAAGAUGAGGUAAUAGCGACGAUUGGUUGGCAGGCGACACAGAUACAACAAGUUGGUCAGUUAGAACAUUUAGGCAGACAAGGACUGAUCACGGACGUGGUUGAUGAAGAUGAUGAAGUUGAUGAAGAGGCACUCUUUCAACUACUAGCAGAUGAUCGAGAUAUCGUGGAGCCUGUCUCAGAGAGGCUCAAUAAGAUCGACACGCUGAAGAAUAUGGUCAGCUCUCCAGAUGAAGGCCAUGUUCCUGUUUUUUUUGGUGAUGGAAAGAAAUGGCUGAUUGAAAAUCUGGAGUAUAACCGGCGAAUGUACCCGGAUAGCUUUGAUCUCGAUCGUGUGUUGGAAGAGGCACCUGGGUGCUUAGCUUCUUGGCUUAGUGUGUGCCUCGCUGUCUCUAGCUGCUCUUCUUCUAUAUAA